UUGUCAAGACUUAAGAAGUGUUAAUAACAGCUUAAAUCUUAAAAUUUGGGUCCUGAAUGCUAUACAUUUACUAACAUACUCCUGGCUGGAAGAGACCUCGGAGGUCAUCUAAUCUAACCCAGAGAGUGGUAAGGUAAAAUGACCGAGGUCCUCGGACUCCAAACCCCGCCCUAUCCAUUGUACUACCAGACAAGGGCCCAAAGCCAUCGUAAUGUGAUGUACGCCGAUACGUAACAGAAGAGUCUCCGCCGCGGAGAGGCCGCGAGGGCCGUAGGAUAUAAGAUGACAGGGAGCGUUGUCAGCCGAGUUCUCCUCAGUUCCGUUUACGUUCUUCCCCAGGCUGCGGCUGCCGGAGAUGCAGCGAAAGCGCCACGGGAAGCGCUCGCCCGCGCUGGCUCCUCAGAAGAGAGAAAGGUCUUCCCGUCAUUCCCUGCGCGAUAGCGAAGGAUCCAGGGACACGCGGCGGCAGUCGAUCGCGUCCCCUUUUCCCUCCCAGGACACCGUAGGCCGCGGUUGCCAUGGGGACCUAAGGACGGCUCCCAUGCCUUGGCCGCCGGCUACCCUGUCCCGGGUGUUUGCCGAACUGGCGCCGCUAACUGAGAGGGGCCGAGAUGGCUUCCUGGGAGCCGCUGGGGAGACGCUACCGAACCUCAGCAGCCACAUGCCUCUAUGCACGUCCUCGGCACCGGCCUCGGUCCAGAAUCCGGCCCGCGAGGUGCACGUGAGCGGCUCAGCGGAGAUGUCCUGCGGCCCUGACCGGGCGCUGGUUACGGUGAAGGUCAGCAGCACCAAAAACUCGGCCGCUGAGGCCAAGAACAGUGUGGGCCGCCGCCUGGACUACAUCACGCAGAACCUGCAGAAGCCGGGGAUUCAGGCAGAAAAUAUAACUGUGACAAAGGAUUUUAGUAGAAUAGAAAAUGCUUAUCACAUGGAAGCAGAGGUCUGCAUUACAUUCACCGAAUUUGGAAAAAUGCAGGAUGUUUGUAACCUUCUUGUUGAAAAACUAGAUAGUUCUGUUAUCAUCAGUCCUCCUCAGUUUUACCAUACACCAGGAGCUAUUGAGAAUCUUAGACGUCAAGUCUGUCUCUGUGCUGUUGGCAAUGCAUGGCGAAAAGCUCAAGAAGUAUGUCAGCUUGUUGGUCAAUCACUUGGAAAACCUUUAUUAAUCAAAGAAGAAGAAACCAAAGAAUGGGAAGGUCAAAUAGACAAUCAGCAGUUAUCUGACCUAACAGGUUCCCUAAGUAUACAACAGAAAAUCCAAGCUGCAACUAUAUAUGCUUCUUCCAGGGUAUUUUUAAACUUUGAGGUUAAGAAAAAGGAAAAGAAAAAAAAAUGAUUUAAAAUUCUUUAUAACCAAGCAUUUUUCAUUUUUGUAUCUAAUUGCCCAAAACCAUGAUUAAAUUUGUAUAAUUUUUAUAAAGUUUUUCUUUAUACUAAGAUUAAUAUUUUAUAUAGAAUGCCAAAUUUUAUCUGUCAGCUAAAAACAUGGACCCUACAGCAAACUUAAAAUCUGUGUUCCUCAUUUUCAAUUUUUGUUUUCAAUUCCCAUUUUCUCCACAUUUUUCUUAAAUUGUAAUAUAUCAUUCUUUUUAUGUUUUUUUUUUUAUUUUGUGAACAGAAUUUGGUGUUAUAGUACUUGUAUUAUUAGGUAUCUUUUCUCUAUUCCUGAAUUUAAAAAAAAAAAAACUUUUAGACCUUGAUUUUCACGGACAUGAGUGCUUCUAUUCAUUUUUUACUGGUUUUUGUUUUGUUUUUAGUCUUGUACCAUGUUCAGUAGAUGCAUUAAACAUUAGUUUUCAGUGGAGUAUUAUCAUAAAUUAAUCUGUCCUGUUUCAUUACAUGACUACAAUUUUACAUUUAAAUGUGUUUCAGGUUCUGCACUACAAUCCAAAACUGCCUAAACUAAAUAUUUUAUGAAAUACUAAAUGAACUUGAAAAUAACUGGAUGCCAGUUAAAAACUAAGUAACUUCAUUUUUUUAAAAGUAAUUGAUGAAAUUUUGUAAAACUGAAAAUGUGGAACCACCAGCAUGCACUGUUGAGCUUAAGUUUCAUAUUAAAGGGAUGCAACAAAACGAACAAAAUCAUUAAAAUAUGCUCAGCUGGGGCAACUAGGUGGCA